AAGCGGCUCACCUGCUCAUGGAAAACGGCCGGAUGCUGCAGAUGUUGUUUGGACUUCCCUUCUGUGCGCUGAAUUUUCAAAAUAAGGGUCAGCGGCUUGAUGGGAUGCUGCAUUCAAGAACACACUUCACAGAGGAGCUGAUCCGGCGGCGGGCCGAGCACAACGGCUGUGAGAUCCUCUCCCUGGAGGAGGUCUCCCUGCACCAGCAGGACAUCGAGCGGAUCGAGCAUGUGGACAGGUGGUGCAGGGAGCUGAGGAUCCUCUACCUGCAGAACAACCUCAUCCCCAGAAUCGAGAACGUGGGGCGCCUGAAGAAGCUGGAGUAUCUGAAUCUGGCCUUGAACAACAUCCAAGUCAUUGAAAACCUGGAAGGCUGUGAGAGCCUCCGGAAGCUGGACCUGACGGUGAACUUCGUGGGUCUGCUGAGCAGUGUGGAGUCGCUGCAGCACAACGCCCACCUGAGGGAGCUCUUCCUGGUGGGGAACCCCUGCACCGAGUUCCAGGGCUACCGGCAGUACGUCGUGGCGGCGCUGCCUCAGCUCAAGUGGCUGGACGGGACAGAGAUCAGCCGGUCGGAGCGGAUCAGAGCCUCGCAGGGCCUGGAGCAGGUGAGGAGGCGAGUCAGGGAGCAGGAGCAGGAGUACCUGAGGAGGAGAGAGGAGCAGAAAGAGGAGGCUGCACAAAGAGACAAGGAGAGGAAACCAGACUCACAGGACGACAAGGAGAACCUGCGGAGCGCCGAGGAGGAGGAGCAGGACUUCUGGCACACGCCCUGCUCCUUCACCCCCGAGUCCCGGCUGGAGGCGCACCGCCGCCUGGAGGAGAAGAAGAACGCCAACAGGAAGGAACCAGAGAAGAAGAACAAACCUCCCAGGACUCUGAUCACCGCUGACGGACGAGUCAUGAACAUCAACGAACCCAAGUUGGCCUUUUCUCUGACUGAGGAUGAGGAAAGCAACGCUGUUGUGUUGGACCUGGCCGUUUACAGACACAUGGACACGUCCCUGAUGGAUGUGGACGUCCAGCCGACGUACGCCAGAGUCAGCGUCAAAGGAAAGAUGUUCCAGGUGGUUCUUCCUGCGGAGGUGAAGCCCGACAGCUCGACGGCCCGGCGCUCCCAGACCACCGGACACCUGGUUCUGACCAUGCCCCGGGCUGAAGGUGAACUCAGAGUGAAGAAGCCCGCUCCUCGCCAGCACCGAGACGCUCCGAGCCGCAGCUCAGCAGAGGAACGGAACAGAAAGGAUAAAACUCCUGAGAGGCUGGAAGUUGAUCCCAGUAAACGUAAAUCUGUUGAUGUUGCCAACAUCGUGCCUCAGCAGAGCAACGGAGAAGAUCUUCAGGAAAAACCGGGUAAAACAGCAGAACUCCCUGAAGAGUUCAUGGACGACCCGGAGGUUCCUCCACUCAUCUAAAAUGUUUUUAAAAACACAGUUUCACCGCCGCUCUACAGAAAAUGAUGCAAAUCCUGUGAUUUUAAGUGAUUUUAAUUGUCGUACAGCAAAACAAAUGUUAGUGUUGGUAACAAAACCUCAGAAGAUUCUGACAGAAAAACAUUUUGGUUUUAGUAAAAAGAUUUUCUUCUGGACAGUUUUUGGUGUUUUAUUCUUUUUUUAAAUCCUUUUUCUUAACCUUAAAGUACAGAAUCCAUGUGUAUGUUGUAAAUAUUAAGACCAAACAAGAUUUAUCACCUGGACAGACAAAAACAGAUAAAUAUAACUUCAAUCUGCUGUCAUUGUGAAACACAUCAACCAGUGAUACUGACCUUCGCCUUUAAUUGCCUUUUAAUCUGAUUGUCUUUAGUUGCAGUUUGUGACAGAUUCUCUAUGGUGAACUGGGGUUUUAAUAUUUUGGUGGAUGUCAGUGUUAUUGAUCCCAGAUUGAAGAAUCAGUGAAACCUCUAAUGAGGAAGCUGGCAGCCUCUCCGGACCUUCAUAAGAGUUUCUGCAGCUUUUCCCCAAAGUUUGAGCUCAGUGUGUGCCUGGACUCAUUUCAUUUCUUUGCAAAGAGCAAAUGUUAAAUUAGUUUCUAAUUCCUCAGAGGUACAAGGUGUGCUAACUGAACGCUGAAGUUUCCUGUUUCUGAUCUGAUGAGGGCUCAGAGGUUUAUUCGUCUCUGUCAGCGGCUCUUCAGCCUUAUUGGCCUCAACAGAAAACCUCCAAUCUGUAGAAAGAAAAUGUCGUCAGAGUAUCAGUUAGCUCGAAUAUUAGCUUAACCGUUAGCUCAGCUGUUUCCCUUAAAAUGUUUGUGCUUAUUUGCUUGAUUUUGAGAAAGUACAAUAUUUGCUUAAAUAUUCACCGUACUCUUAACUUGAUCUGUAACGUAUUGGUCACUUAAAUUGUGAUCUUGACUGAAGGUUAGCUCUCCUAUUAGCUUGUCUAUCAAUCAAUCAAUCAAUCAAAUUUUAUUUUUAUAGCACAU